AUGGAGUUGCAUCAUCCUUCCAAAGGGAAAAAAAAAACAGAGAUUAAAAUAACAAAGUGGAAGGAAAAUCAAGAUGGCUAUGAAAUUAAGUUUCUUGGCAAUGCUUUUGUGCUUAUUUACGGCCUUGGCCAAGGCUUGGAUGGUUUUCAGUACAUUGACAUGCUCACCUUAUCAGGUGGUGGGACUUUUGAUGGCCAAGGAGCACUUUCUUGGAAUCAAAAUGACUGCCACAAAAACAAAAAUUGCAAACCUAUUCCCGUUAAUCUGCGGUUCGAAUUCCUCACAAAUUCCAAAGUUCAGGACAUAACUUCACUUAACAGCAAAUUUUUCCACAUGCAUGUUUUCCGAUGCAACCAUACUACAUUUCAACAGCUUACCAUCACAGCACCUGACGACAGUAGAAACACAGAUGGAAUCCAUAUCGGGGCUUCGACUGGUAUCAACAUUACUCAUGCAAAGAUUGGAACUGGGGAUGACUGUAUUUCUAUUGGUGAUGACUCCCACGAAAUCACAGUGACUGAUGUUACUUGUGGGCCUGGCCAUGGAAUAAGCAUUGGAAGCCUGGGAAAAUAUAAGGACGAAAAGGAUGUGACCGGGAUCAUAGUUAAGAACUGCACCCUGACUAAUACGGACAACGGUGUGAGAAUCAAAACAUUUCCAGAUUCUCCUUCGCCUAGCACUGCCUCGGGUAUACGCUACGAGGAUAUUAUCAUGGUUAACGUCAGUAACCCUAUCCUCGUAGACCAAUUGUACUGCCCAUAUACUCAGUGUGAACAAAAGCCUCCGUCAAAAGUUAAGAUAAGCAAUGUCAGCUUCAAGAACAUUAAGGGCUCAUCUUUCACUCCACUUGCAGUCAAGCUUGUAUGUACCACGGGCAUACCGUGUGAGAAUGUGGAGUUGACUGACAUUGAUCUCACCUACGGUGGAGACAAAGGCCCUCUUACCUCUAUGUGUUCUAAUGUCAAGCCCACAAUUACUGGCGUGAUAAAGGGUCUUGGUUGUGCUACAUCGUCCUUGGCACCUCUUCCUUUAUCCAAGAAGUAGAAAGUACUAAUUAAUGUUCUCAAUACAUAAAUUGCUGUGUUCUACUUU